GCUGUGCGGCCCGACGGUUCCUUGCCCGGGGCACCUGGAACAGGCCCACGGGAGCCCUGGGGGGGGGGUCAUUGCGGCGCCUUCCUCAGCCUGUUAGUGGGUUUCUCGGUCCCAGCAGGGUCAAAGUGAGAAGGGGUGAGGGGGCUUUCGGAGGAGGAGGCAGGUUCCUGUUUGCACUGCAGUGUCCCGGAAAACAGCGCCWGGUAGUGCGAACGCCGGCAGGCUGGACUUGUGCGCCGGAGCCCGCGGCGGUCAGUUCCGUGACCGGACGGGGUUCUGCCGGCUUGGGGACCCGGCCGUGACACCGCCGCCCGUGAGCCCGCGGAGCUCCGUGCUGUCUCCAGCCCUAAGAUGUGGAGUGGACUGCUGCCUCCUGGCCUAAAUGAAAGUGAUGUUGAGUCAAAUUCUGAAGAUGAAGCCACACUGGAGAAGUCUGAACUCGACUUACAGGAAAAUAAAGAGGAUGGGACUAAUAGAGACACAGAAAUCUCAAGUUUCCCAGCAGAUGGACCAAAAAUAGAAACAGAGGCCAAUACAGAUGCAUAUGAAGAAUGCCCUUCUGGAAUUCCCUUAAAUUUGUGGAAUAAAUUUCAAGAAUUGCAUAAAAAACAUUCUGAACAGAAAAUCUCAACUUCAAGAUUCAGAGGGAAAAAGAGAAAACGCUCCAGAAAAGAUAAAUUGAAGAAUGAAAAAGAAUCUCAUAGUGAACAGCCUUUAAAUGAAACCCAAUGGAAGGAGCUUACUCAGUACUUUGGAGCCAAUGAUAGAUUUGAACCCCCUGUUAAAAAGAAAAAAGUUGAAAAGUCAGGUCUUGAAAAGAGGAUAGACCAGGCUGUGGAGGAAUGGGAUGUUGAGAAGGCUGAAGAACUCAGCAACCAGCUUGCUACUCGAGAGCUUGGUGUAAAAAUUGCCAAAGCAAUUGCCUGUCACAAGUUUGUAAAAGCCAAAAAGGAGGCUGAAAACUCUCAGGCUGCUCGAAAAAAGAAGAAACUUGCAUGGGGAUUUGAAGCAAAGAAGAGAUGGGAAACCAAAAGCAACAUGGGAUAUAUGUAAUUUGUCAGAGUUCUUCAAGACACUUGCAGAAUUUACUGAAAAGAUUUUCCUACUUAGGUUAAAUAUAUCAGGAAAUUGUUAGAAGUAGAAAAAAUAAGCAUAAAACUAUGGAGUUGAUUAUCAACUCUUUUCAGCCUUUUCAUAAGGAGUUCUUUCUAUUGAAGUGGAUGAAAUGAAGCAUUUUAUUAUUUAUGUAAGGAAUCUAAGCAUACAUACGAGAAAAGAAAUGGGAUUUUAUUUAUUUAUUUGUAUAGACCUACAGUAUAAAAUCAAUUUUGCUUUUCAUAUGUUUGUUAUAGCAUAGCUUGUGAGGUCCUUGUACUUGCUUAUCUGUUCUUGGCAUAACUACACUUUUUCUAGAAUUGUGUUUUUAAGAUUGGCUUUUGUUUAUAAUGGAUUAGUUAUAAGUGCAAGUAAGUCUCAAUUGAUGCUGUCUUUACAAAUGACUUUAAUUACCCUGAUGUCAUCAAAACAACUUUUUUAUUCUUUAUUGGAGGCACUAGAGUUGAUAUUUCAAAGUCACAUAUUAAAAGCAAUUGAUAUAUUUUGCAUACCUUCUGAUUAUUUUUGCAUACCUUCAAUCAGAAGGUAUGCAAAUACUAUAGAAUGUAGUGUUUGGAGGAUGGUUUAAAUUCAGCAUGGCCUAGAAAUGUUUUCCUAAAUAUCUCGUGACCUUGUCAUUCUUUAAAUUGUGAGAUGAUUCUUGGUAUAGAAAGUGGUAAAAUUACAUUAAGCAGACAAUUAUAACUCCAAGAUAACAUAA